AAAUUAUUUCGAAAAUUCUCAAUAAAAGUCAUUUUUAUAAAAAUUAACGAAAUCAAUUAUGAGUUAACCAAAGCCCUAGACUACAUUUAUAAUUGUAUUCAAUUCAUACCAAAAGACUAUUGAGAUGGGAUUUUUUACUAAAUCAGAAGAGGAAACCACUAGUGUCCCUCCUAAUAAAGCCAAACGUCAAGUAUGUUGGGAUUCACGAGAUAAAUUCUUUGCAUGUUUAACUGAAAAUAAGAUUGAUAAUUCAUUAGAUGCUAAAAUAUUAUCAAAAGUUGAUAAACAAUGUGGAGAUUUAAAAGUUGAAUUUGAGAACAAUUGUGUUAAGAGUUGGGUUAAAUAUUUCCAAGAGAAGAGAUUUAAUGAUUUGGUUAGACAACGAUAUAUUGAAAAAUUAGAAGCUGAAGGUGCUAAACCUUUACCAAUCAAAUUAGAAAGUAGUACAAGAAGAGAACCUUGAAAGCUAUGAUUAUGACAAAUGACUACACUUUUACUUGUAUAUAGAUGGGACUCAUUGAAGAAGAGUCAUUUUUUA